AUGGAGACCGCGUCCCUGGAGCGUAAGAAGCGGACAGGGACGGAGACAAGGAGGCAGAGGGACUCUGACGAGGACCCGGCCCCGAAAAGAAGGGAGAAGGUCAACCUCGGCAUCGACACCCGGGCUCAGGACCUGUUUUGUAACAGGAUCCUAGAUCUGGGUGCCGGGCUGGGGGUGGCGACCGAGCCGCACUAUGUGCCACAUACCAGCAAGGGCUGGUUUGGCAGCAGUGACGGCUCGAUCACCAUGGUGGCAAACCCCGCGGUGGGGACCCCUCUCUGUGUACUCAGGGCAAAGGGGUCCUCGUUGGUGGCGGUCGACUGCGGGCCCAUCACGGUGGUGGAAGUGUAUCUUCACCACCGUAAAAAUAAGAAAGGUCUGGGAGAUCUCGCCCGCAUUGAGAGGGUCCUCGAUGGGAUCGGGGAUUUGGUACGGAGGAGCCAUCCCCGACCCGUCGUGAUUGCCAGGGACUUCAACGCCCACUCGGAAAGGUGGGGGUGUAGUCCCCGGCAAAGGGACUCCAGGGGCGAUGCUCUCAUAGAUUGGGCAGUGGGACUCGGCCUCUCGUUGAUAAACGAGGUGUCCGCCAGCACCUGUGUGCGGCUGAACGGGGAGUCGGUCAUCGAUUUGACCUGGGCGACCCCUUCAGCCGCCCGGUUAUUCCGGGAGUGGAAGGUGGAGGUGGAGGGCGAAACACUGUCGUAUCACUGA